GAAAACAAGACAUUUGAACAAUGAAUGAAGCGUAUUUGCAACGUUGUGUUGUUAGCAUAAUAUAUUGUUGUGAUAUAAUACAAGGUAGGCUCUUUUAAUAAUAAAAGUCACUUUAAAUAACAUAUUCUGACGUCUAGGGACACGUACAUUGGGGUGACUCAUGACCCAUUUCUGCGACUCGGUUCGUUUCAAUGAACCGGUUCAGCCCUCCUUUAACGUCAUCACAUGGUCCCUGUAGGCGAUAGGGCCAUGUCCAAUAAAGCCAUCUGUAUGCACGCUCAUGUAGUUCUUGAGUAGUUGUUUAGUAGUGAGAUACACUAAAAAGAUUCGACUCAAAAGAACGACUCUUUUACGAACCGGACACCGCAACUGUCAACAUGGCAGAUGAAGCCACUAGAAAGGCAGUUUCUGAUAUACCGCUUUUAAAAACAAAUUCAGGACCAAGAGACAAAGAACUAUGGGUUCAGAGACUUCGAGAAGAAUAUUUAGCUCUCAUAAAGUAUGUUGAAAAUAACAAAGCAGCAGACAAUGAUUGGUUCCGUUUGGAGUCCAACAAAGAGGGUACAAGGUGGUUUGGAAAGUGCUGGUAUAUUCACGAGCUUCUAAAAUAUGAAUUUGACAUGGAGUUUGAUAUUCCAGUUACAUAUCCUGCCACAGCACCUGAAGUGGCCAUUCCUGAGUUAGAUGGGAAGACAGCGAAGAUGUACAGAGGUGGAAAAAUCUGCCUGACAGACCACUUCAAGCCACUGUGGGCAAGAAAUGUCCCAAAGUUUGGUCUGGCUCAUCUAAUGGCUUUGGGACUUGGACCAUGGCUUGCAGUUGAGAUUCCAGACCUCAUUGCGAAAGGCAUAAUUGAACAUAAAGAACAGCAAAACAGCUGAAAGUAGCCAUAGCAUCCUUUGCAUUUCACUAUGUCUUAAUGAUGCAAACACAAAUGAGGUUUUAACAUGUUUUGUCAAAAUCAUGGCUACCUACUCUGUGGUUUCAACUGUAUAUGUCACAUUCGUACGUCACUUUUUUUUUUUUUUUACCGUUCAGGUUAAUAAUGCCUGUUCAAUGGAAUGUGUAUGUAUUCAUCAGUAAAGCCUGGUAUGUAAAUAAAUGCGGGACCAUUUUAAAUUGUGGUCUUGGGGAAACCUCACUA